CGCAGAGAUAGGAGAGCGGCCGUCGUGGUAAUGGUGAGUGCGCAGAGAUAGGAGAGCAGCUGUGGUGGUAAUGGCGAGUAUGCAGAGAUAGGAGAGUGGCCGUUGUGGUAAUGAGGAGUGCGCAGAGAUAGGAGAGCGGCUGUGGUGGUAAUGGCGAGUGCGCAGAGAUAGGAGAGCGGCCGUCGUGGUAAUGGUGAGUGCGCAGAGAUAGGAGAGCAGCUGUGGUGGUAAUGGCGAGUGCGCAGAGAUAGGAGAGCGGCCGUGGUGGUAAUGGUGAGUGCACAGAGAUAGGAGAGCAGCCAUGGUGGUAAUGGUGAGUGCACAGAGAUAGGAGAGCAGCCAUGGUGGUAAUGGCGAGUGCGCAGAGAUAGGAGAGCGGCUGUGGUGGUAAUGGUGAGUGCGCAGAGAUAGGAGAGCGGCUGUGGUGGUAAUGGUGAGUGCACAGAGAUAGGAGAGCAGCCAUGGUGGUAAUGGUGAGUGCACAGAGAUAGGAGAGCAGCCAUGGUGGUAAUGGUGAGUGCACAGAGAUAGGAGAGCAGCCAUGGUGGUAAUGAGCGGACAGUGAGUUAUGUACAGGAUCUACAUGAGUGGGUUGCAUGGUCCCCUCAGGCCUCAUGUCCAGUCCCCCCCCCCCCGCCUGAACACAAUCUCUCUCGGUUGCAGAGGACAGCAGUCCCUCAGAAGACUCUGUACUGCUGGAGAUGCAAGGCUCGGCCGGAUCUGUGGGUUAUGUCCAGUAUCGCUUCAUCAAGCGCAGCCGGGCUGACUACUGUCUCAGUGCUGAUUGCGGACAAUGUGGACAUCACCAGCAGAGCCCUACCAUAAGUCUGCAGGGACCUUUUGAGGAAGUGGUAGUUCCUCGAGUGAAAGGGGGGCGCUCUUUCUCCUGUUCUACACCCAGUGAUUGCCCCGAUCCUCCUUCCCAUGCAGAAAGUGGUGCCACACGGAGCUGUAACAGGCUGGAAACCAUUGGGUGCACAGUUGGUCCUUGUUUUCCAGAGUUACGAGUAAAAGGAAAGGUUUCGGAUGGAAGAGAAGUAAACAGGGGGUCUGGGUGUUCCCUGCUCCACAGCUCUCCCUGCCAGACCCCAGACUGUCCCCACCGCAGGUACAGUGAGAACACCCGGCCAAAGGCCCUGUCCAUAGACGUCACUCCCCGACUUGUCAUCCGCUCACACAGUGACCCAGGCAUCAGUUCAGAUUUUGGGGUCCCUGAUUACAGCAAGGUGCUAGAGGAGGACAGUGUCUCGACUUCCUCUGUGGAUGCAGGAUUAUAUGAAGGAGCCGGUUUACACAGACUGCGGCCGCCUGGCUCGCCAACGCUCCUUCGCACUAAUUCAGAUGGAAAGAGCAGGAUGCAUUUUACCCGUAAAGCCGUUCAGCGACUUUCCAGAAGUGGAGCUCUGUCUCUGGGAGACCUGAAGGGAGGGCGCAAUACCCGGGUGCUGGUGGCCAGGUUCCUGAAUAGGUCUCGGCGGAGUCUUAAGGAUGGAGGAGACAGCUGCAAACCGGCUCCGAAGAGUCCUCUUUCCUUCGAUUACGAGAGACGUCAGGCUGGGACACCCAUGCAGAGUUGUGGAGACCUCAGCUCUGCUUCUUCUCUACGUCGUCUUCUGUCCACCAGUCGGAGAGAAAACCGACGUCCUCAUAGCAUGAAUGGAACGUGUAAAGAGAGCCCUGAGUAAAGAGACUGCUCACCCAGAGACAUCACCUGCAUCCCGCCGCCGACGACAAGCACAAGAAGUGACCUUACAGCUCAGACCUCCUGAUUUCAUGCUUGUAGGACUUGCGCUGAGGGACACUGGGUCCAGGUUCUCACCUAUUUGCUUUGCAUGUUGAUUUCUUGCUGCGCUCAGAGUCCACACCUCCUGCACAUUAAGGGCUACCAACAAACUGUGCCCCGAGUCCUUCAGUAUUAUGGAGACUGCUCCCAGGGAGGAAUAAGAUCUUGUGUGUCAUAUUUUACUAAACCGUCUGAUG